AUGUCUUAUGUCUCUUUCAGUAAGAAUCAUAGUCAAGAUGGAAGAGAUAGCCAUACUCAUAGUUGCAACCCUCCAGGGCGAGAUGAUGCUUCUCACUCACACACAUGCUUCCACACUCACACUCACCUCAUCAUCCCGGAUCCACAAGAGAAUGAUAAUUCUGACAUAAGCGGUCAUGUGGGAACAGAGAGGCAGCGAGGAAAAUACAGGGAGAAGAAGAAGGCUCGCACCGCAUACCUUGAAGACGAAGUCAAGAGACUGCAAUCUCUCAAUGAGUACUUGCUUAGAAAGCUUCAGAGCCAAAGAAUGGUGGAAACUGAAAUCAUCAAACUCCGAGCUCUUCUGGUAGAAAUGCAAGUGAAGAUUGAUGACGAACUUGGUGUUUUCUCGUUUCAGAAGCAAUGCAACGGUUCUGGUUUUGUGUUUAAAGAAGGGGAUGUCUCCCUUCUGUCAGUCUGUGUUGGCUAUAUAUAUGACAUUGGUGAUAAAUGAAUCAUGGGACAGAGAAAUAAAAAAUAACGAAAAAACUUGAGCCUAAAGUGUUGAAAGACUAGUUUUUUGUAGGUUAGUUAUUUUUCACUUUUUGAAAUUAUAUUUUUAGCAUAUGCAUCUCCAAAUAUAAUGAUCUCAUUUUUUAAUAAACUGAGUUUUAUUUGAUCUAGGCCUGAUGGAUUCUAACACAAUCUCAAUCUCUUGUAAUCACACAGAUGAAUGCAACAUAGCAAUAAGGAAUGUAAAGUGUGAAGUGGCAAGAGUAGACUGUGAGGAGAGCAAAGCACUUCGUGAACCUAUUCACUCUAUUGUUCUCCAUUCACCACUAUUCUCACAUUAAGCUUUUCACAUGCUGUGGUAUUGUGUAUAUAUACACAUGUACGGGUUUAGUUAGGGGAUAGAGGUAGGGUUGCAAAAUAGUUAACUUAUACAUAAAUUGUAGUUUACUCCACAUGUGUCUAUUUUGGUGGUACCAAAACAUAUUUGAUUUGAUGUAAUUUGAUUUGGAAUGAGUAGGACGAGGAGGAUUGUAGUUGUACGUAUGAUUAUGAUUGUGGGCUUGAAAGAUCUUUGGGGGUCCAUUUAUAGAUUCUCUACAUGUGGGCAUGGUGAAAACCCAAUCACAAAAGGAUAAGGUAUACAUCAUACAUACAUGUGUCUUUGAAAAUCCAUUGGUGUAGACUUGCACCAAUCAUUGAAAUUUUAAUUCAAUUUGCCUCGAACAUUUGCACAUAAUCAUCAUUCUCCCAUGUAGUGGAAUCAAAUAUUUUUGGAUGGGUCAAUCAUAAGACCGCAAUUUUAAAAAUUUUGGGGUAAUUAUUUAUAGCACAUAGUAAUAAGAUUGAAGCACAUAAUCAUAGAGUGAAGUGUUAUGUUAGAUGCCUCGGCUCCUGUGACUAGACUAGACCACUGCUUUUGACACUCACAAAAAAAAUAAACUAUUAUAAAUUAUCAUUGCUUUUUCAUUGUGGGUCAUUCUUCUUUUACAAAAAGGUCCUUUCAAAAUUUUAAAAUUUGAAAAAUACUAAUUCCUUUUACCUUACAUUAUUUGAGAACAAUGAUGUCUUGUCAUCUUUAACCCUACCCUCUCAUGUAUUCAACAAUAUAAUAGUUUGAAUAUUUCAAUUAAAGUUUUAAAAUGUGGAAAGUACAUGCCCGAUAUUUUAUAUAGUCCAUAUCAUAUAGCAAAAUUAUACAUGCCGGUUUACAUUGCAUCAUAGAACUGGUCAACACAUCUUACAAUUUAUAUAUGCCACUAUAUUUUUUAUUUAAGAGAAAUUGGUCAUGAUAAUUUUUUUUAGUUCAGUCAAACAUGCCAAAAAUGAUUGAAUCAGAUAUUAAGCAGUUCUGCAACAGUAUUGACUAAGAAUUAAAGUGUCUUACCAGACAUUAGCUGGAUAAGUGUCAAUAUGGAUGGCAUGUUUUAUGUUUCCUAAAUUCCUAAUGACUCAGCUUAUCAUAAAUACAAAUGUAAUUACAAAUAGAAUAAAACAAUUUAGAAAGAAGUCUUGGGGGGUUUUAUUUCCUUUAAUUAACAAAAAGAUUUAAGCUAACUUAAAUGUGUCCCUACAAAAUAUAAUGAUGAAAAUGAGAAAAGGACAGUAGGAGAGAGUGGAGGCCCCAGCGUUACAGCUGGUCUGCAUAUCAAUCAACUGCGCGUGAAGAACACACUUCAACGUAAGGCGCGUGCAUAAUAUGUCUUCAACAUAAGGAGCGUGAGUAGUAUGUCUUAACGUAAGGCGCGUGGAGUUCAGUGUCCAAACGAAAUGAAAAAGGGCUAGUGUCAGAGAACGUGCAAUGCAACCAUCUUUUGUUUUUUUUAGGCUUUAAAACUGUUCACAAUCUCUCUCUUCUCCUCUUCUUCAACUCGUGAAAAGACCAUAGAGUUUUCUCCUGAUCCCAAAUCCGGAAGAAGCUUCCUCAUGGCGCAGAUCUAUUCUCUCAACAUACACAACUAAAGAGCAGUAAACGUCAGUCACCUGCAGAAGUUUUCACUCUUGUUGUACUGAUAAGAUAAUGUUCUCCACAGAGAAUCUCAAGAGUUGAUCAUUUUGACUUUUUCAGGAAACAGUAGGUGAAGGUAAAGUAUUAUAAAAAGAUAGGUUUUACAGAAAUUGUAGUUUAGAAAAGAAAAAAACUAAACUCCAACACAAGAAACCAGAGAGACCUAUUAACGACAACAACCUCUCGAUACACAAGACAACAAACACUCACUCUCUCUCUCUAUCUCUACAAAAAGAAUCACUCUUUCCCUUAUUCUUCUCUCUACUCUAACUCAAAAGAGAGAGA